AUGCAUUUUCAUACCGCUCUCCUCGCACUCAGUGCGCUCCUACCAGGCUCUGUUCUCGCAAGUGCUGAUUCUGUAAAGAGCCUCUUUCCUGCGCAUUGCCUGCCCAAUCCCUGCAAGGGAAUCACCUUCAAAAAUGAGACCUAUGUCUGCGGCGACUCUCGCCUAGGCCCCGUGAAAUACCCUUCGAAAUUCCCUCUCCGCAAUGAGCUCCGUACCUAUUCCCGGUUUGGCUCGCUGUGCCCAGCUGAGUUCCUUGAGAAAUGGGCUACAAGUGUAGACCCCGACGGUUCCUAUGUCUAUCCUUCUUCGAACGGGUUCGUGAUCAAUACCUCCAAGAACCCCAUUAUCGGGAAUGCCACUUUACCCGUUGGCCAAAAGUUGGAUCGCUUUGGAUCUGAGUAUGGAACCUUCCUUGCACCGUUGGGCGCUCCUUAUAUCGAGAGAUCCUUGCCCCCAAGCAAUCUCGCCACCUAUGACGGAAACUAUCCCUUCAACUACCAUGUCUAUCAAGUCACGAAAGAGUUCGUGGUCGGAUUAGGGCCGAUUGCUCCGUGGUUCGAGCAGCCAGGUAUGGGAACCCAGUUUGUGGCCUCAACAAGUGUCAUGAAUUUAAUCGAGGGAGGUUUCCUGAGACGGUUGAACGUAACCGAAUACGAUGAGCGGGUGGAAUAUUCUGACUCUUAUACUGCUGGACCGUCCCAGUGA